UUUGAAAUGACGUUAGAGAGGAAAACGCUGAAGUGUUGCAGGAAGUGACGUAUAUAACUGUCUGGGUACAAUGGCACCUCUAGAUUUGGAUAAAUAUGCAGAGAUUGCAAAGCAGUGUAAAUACCUCCCAGAAAACGAUCUUAAGAGGUUAUGUGACUACGUGUGUGAUCUUCUGCUGGAGGAGUCCAACGUGCAGCCCGUCUCCACUCCUGUGACAGUGUGUGGGGACAUACAUGGACAGUUUUAUGAUCUUUGUGAACUCUUCCGAACUGGUGGCCAGGUUCCAGACACAAAUUACAUCUUCAUGGGUGACUUCGUCGACCGAGGGUAUUACAGCUUGGAGACAUUCACCUAUCUGCUCGUGCUGAAGGCCAAAUGGCCUGACCGCAUCACUCUUCUACGUGGAAACCACGAAAGCAGGCAGAUCACCCAAGUUUACGGCUUUUAUGAUGAGUGCCAGACCAAGUAUGGGAAUGCAAAUGCCUGGCGUUAUUGCACCAAAGUCUUCGAUAUGUUAACAGUUGCAGCUCUGAUGGACGAGCAAAUCCUGUGUGUCCAUGGAGGGCUUUCUCCAGACAUAAAGACCCUGGACCAAAUUCGAACCAUUGAGCGGAACCAGGAAAUCCCCCACAAAGGAGCUUUUUGUGAUUUGGUGUGGUCAGACCCUGAAGAUGUGGAUACCUGGGCCAUCAGCCCCAGAGGAGCAGGUUGGCUUUUUGGUGCCAAGGUCACAAAUGAGUUCGUCCACAUCAACAACCUCAAGCUGAUCUGCAGGGCUCAUCAACUCGUCCAUGAGGGCUACAAGUUCAUGUUCGAUGAAAAGCUGGUAACCGUGUGGUCAGCUCCCAACUACUGCUACCGCUGUGGCAACAUAGCCUCCAUCAUGGUCUUCAAAGACGCUAACACGAGAGAGCCCAAACUGUUCAGAGCAGUGCCCGACUCUGAAAGAGUCAUCCCGCCCCGAACAACAACACCUUAUUUCCUGUAACCAGGUUAAAGCUCAAACACAGGCAUUUAUGCAGUGCACAGUGCUGACGGGGACAGUGGCAUCAGCACUUCAGAGCCCAUAUACAUUUAAUACAUUUAGAGUAUCUAGAGUGCAUUUUUGGUGCCAACUGUCAAUUGCUACUCCCACUCUGUGCAUUUAAUACCAUUAUUCUGCAGCUUAAAUCAGUACAGCAAAGGAGGCUUGCUGAGCAGUGUCCCACUGCUGGUGUGUAACAGAAAAGAAGAAAGUUGGCUAACCCCUGUAAAAUAUUCAUAUUUAUAAAUCAACAUAAGUUGUCACUGCUAAGCAAACUGUGGGCAGUGUCCUAAAGACUCUUCUAUUUUAGUUUCUAAUGUAAAUACAGCUGCGUGUCAGAGGAGAGCGCACUGCACAAACGGAAACGUAUCUAUCCAACCAAGUUUCAAAAGGGGUAUCCUCCUCGUGUGAUAUCACAAAUGAAUAAAUAUGUAAACCAGAGAGUUGAUGUAUUAAAUAAAAUGUAUUCUUUCCCAUCUUUUUGGAAAUAUCAGUAUUGUUAAAUCUAUGGUACCCAAAACAUUCUCUGUAACUUUCAACAAUCUGCUCUUGUAAUUAUAUUUUUUCUGUGUGUUGCUUUAAAUAAAGAAAACCAAAAAAUUCA